AUGGGAAAAAACUAUCGAUUAGAAUCAUGGCUACAAUAUAGAGUAAGAGUAACAAUAAGUGAUACAAGAUAUUAUGUUGGGACAUUUCUUUCAUAUGAUAGGCAUAUGAAUAUAGUUUUAGUUGACGCAGAAGAGUUUAGGAGAGUAAAAUGUAAAGAAAACAACUUUAAGGAAAUAAAAAGAGUGGUUGGUCUUAUAUUAAUAAGAGGGGAUAAUAUAGUUUCGUUCACAGCAGAACGUGCACCCGUUAAUAAAAAGACGACAAGUAAUAUAACAAAUAAAGGUAUUGCUACUGGCCGAGGUAUAUCUUUAAAUAAUUAUGUACCUAUGCAAAAUAAUAUGGCUCCUAAUAUGCCAACAGGUGUAGGUAUAAACAUGGGUACAUCAAAAAAUUUAACACCAACAAUGAAUCCUGGUUUUAGACCCCCCAAUAUGCCAAUGAAUAAUAAAAGACCCCUUAUGCCCAUGGGUAUGCAAAUGAAUCCCAACUUAGGACCUCCAAAUAGUGGACGAGGAUUACCUCCUCAAAUGCCUACCCAAUUGCCAUUCCCACCUAAUGCUAAACCACCAACAGAGCAAUAG